AUGAGCGUUAUCAAUCGUAUCAACGUAUUGCGUGGCGAUAUUACAAAAUUGACCACCGUAGAUGCCAUAGUAAACGCCGCAAACGAGUCACUCCUCGGCGGCGGUGGCGUUGAUGGCCAGAUCCACAAAACCGCUGGACCGGGGCUGCUCGAAGAGUGCCGCAAAUUGAAUGGCUGCCGUACCGGUGAAGCGAAGCUGACAAAGGGAUAUAAUCUGCCUUCCAAGUACGUCAUUCACACCGUUGGACCGAGGUACUCGAGUAGCAGGAGGGAGGAACUUCUCCGUAACGCCUACAGAAGCAGCUUGGAAUGCGCGCAUGAGAACAGCAUACAUAGCAUCGCUUUUCCUAGCAUCAGCACAGGUAUAUAUGGCUACCCGAUAGAGGAGGCUUCAGAAGUGGCUUUAAAGACGGUCAGAGACUUUCUGGAAACACAUAAAGAGACUAGCGUAACUUUUGUCCUUUUCUCCGAACCGGAUUUGUACAUCUAUCAAGAUGAGUUCAAGCGUAUUUUCGGGUGA